GCGAAGCAUGCUGGGAGGCGGGGACCUGCGUCCGCUCUGGAUCCACGGGCGACAGUUGGUGUGCGCACGGCUCUCGCGUAACAUCGUAAGCCACUGCGACGGACGGGUCGACGCGGUGUAAUACUUUGGUUCGAUAGCCCUGCGAUUCAGUGGUGCAUCAUGGAUAUGAAGCAUCAUUUUUCUCUGUUUAUCUGCUGAGUUUUUAAGAUGCCUUAGGAAAUAUCUUUCGUACGAAAAAAAUAAAAUAAAUAAAGCGUCGCGCCUGUGCUAGCGGGUUAAGCGCUGCUCCAUCAUAAUUUUUCUUUAUGUCCUUUACUAUCCAAGAGCAACAUGACAUACCUGCUAAAUGGCAAGUUACUGCGUUGAUGCACGUGUGAAAUCCUUACUGUCUCGCUACGAAGCAUACAUUAAUUACAUCAUGUCUCCUAGGGGUGACAAUCUAUUCACAAGCUCUUUUCUGCCUUACCGCACUACAGCAUCUGUAAGACUCAAUAAUUCUAACAACUAAAAUCAAGAUAAAAUACGUAACAUGGUGACAGCAUUCAAAUAAUACUCUCACCAUCCAUCGUAGAAAUGUGAAGACUACAGUGUUUUGAAGUGAAAUGUAAAGUUAUCUUCGCAGUUCAGUGCCUCAGUAUACAUUGCUGACUGUUCUGUUACUACUGUUCUGUUAACUGCACACAUGGGACAACCACAGCGGUCUUUGGACACCGUCCUCGCGGUGUCCACGGUCAUUCUUCUACUCUUCGCCUCUGCUGGUAUAGUUUCAGCCCAAGGUCGAGUGAAGCAAGUGCGAGCAGUUAUCAACGGAACGGCCCAACUUCCUUGCGACAUGACGCCACCUACACCGGGAGACUCCGUAUUGCUCGUCAUCUGGUUCAAGAAUGAGAAGACUGCCAUUUACAGCUACGACGCGCGGCGCAAGUCGUGGGAGGGACCCUCCGGCCCGCACUGGAAGCACCCCCAGCUGCUGGGCGAGCGCGGCUUCUUCCGGACGGUGGCGACGCCGGCGGCGCUGUCUCUCAGCGACGUCGCGGAGUCCGACGAGGGCGUCUACCGCUGCCGCGUCGACUUCCGCCGCUCCGCCUCCAGGAUACAGCGGGUCCGACUCACCGUCAUCGUCCCGCCCCAACGACCCAAGAUCUACGAUGAGCGUGGGGUGGAGGUGGGACCUGUUGCCGGCCCUUACCAAGAAGGAGGACAAGCACGCCUCACCUGCGUUGUCUACGGUGGGAGGCCACCGCCGGAAAUCCGCUGGUGGCGCGGCGAGCGGCUGCUGGAGUCCAGGGAGCUUCCAGCGGGGCCGCGCAUCCGCGAGAGGCUGCUGCUGCUGCCGCGCCUCUCCAGGGCCGACCUGCACGCCGCGCUCACCUGCCAGGCCGUCAACAGCAACCUCACACUCCCCGCCGAGGCCAGAGUUUCGCUGGACAUUAACUUCAGGCCGCUGUCCACGACCAUCCUGAGCAGCGAGCAGCCGCUGACGGCCGGCCGGCGCUACGAGAUUGCCUGCCGCACAGUGGGGUCGCGGCCGCCGGCGGUAGUCUCCUGGUGGCUGGACAACACGCGGCUGCCCGCCAGCACCGACAAGGUUUCUGCAGACGAUAACGAGACCAUAUCGACCCUAUCGUUGACGCCGGAACCUACGGACGAUGGGCGGCUGCUCACUUGUCGGGCUGAAAACCCUCAGGUGCUUGGAGGCAUCGAGGAGCAUUCAGUCAGGCUGGCUGUUUACUAUGCACCAUCUACCGAGCUGCGACUGGGCCCUCGACUGCACGCGGACGACGUGGAAGAAGGCAGCGACGUCUACUUCGAGUGCCACGUGCGAGCCAACCCACCUGCCUAUAAGGUCUUCUGGAAGUUCGAGGGCAAGACGCUGGUACAGAACCACACUGGCGGCGUGAUAAUGACGCGAGGCGCCCUGGCACUGCAGUCCGUCAGCAGGAAGAACGCCGGCGCCUACUCCUGCGUCGCUUCCAACGUGGAGGGCGACGGGGAGAGUCCCCCGCUGCGUCUGCGAAUCAAGUACAAGCCGGUGUGCCGACCUGGACAGCGGCGGGUGUACGCCGUGGCGCGCCACGAGGUGGCGCACGUCCGCUGCGAGGUGGAGGCCUUCCCGGAGGCCGUCGGCUUCCGCUGGGCCUUCAACAACUCCGCCGAGACGCUGGACGUGCCGCAGUCGCGCUUCAACUGGUCAGCGGGCGCCUCGCAGCUGGCGCACGCCCCCGUCAACGACAUGGACUACGGCUCCGUGCUGUGCUGGGCCGACAACAGCGUGGGGCAGCAGCGGAGGCCCUGCGUCUUCCACAUCGUGCCGGCCGGUCAGCCUGACGUGCCGACCAACUGCUCGGUGCUGAACCAGACGUCGCAGUCGGUGGUGGUGCGCUGCUCGCCCGGCUUCGACGGCGGCCAGCCGCAGAGCUUCCUGCUGGAGGUGCUGGAGGCAGCCAGCGGCCACCAGCUGUUCAACAUGACGCAGCUGCGGCCGCACUUCGUCGUCGACGGCCUGGCGGCCGGGCAGCUGCUGCAGCUGCGCAUCUCCGCUGUCAACGCCAAGGGCCGCAGCGACUCCAUCACUUUGGAUGCCGCCACGCUGAUGCCGCCAGAGAUGCGAGCCAGUGGUGUGCCGCUGUCGCUGGACCUGCCCACGGCGGUGGGGGCGCUCCUGGGCCUGGUGUCGGCGCUGCUGCUGCUCGCCGUGGCCGCCGUGGCGUGGCUGCUGCACCGCAGGCGGCGGCGCCGGCGUCGCGACGGCUCCCCACCGGCCGCCGAGCUGGCGCUCAAGAAGAAGGCCGCCGCCGCCGCCGCAGCCGCCGCCGCCGCCACAGAGCUGUCCGACAAGGACGACCGCAACCCCGACGUCGUGCCCUCCUACUGCGACGACUGGUCGGAGACGGACGCGGCGUCGUCGUCGCGCGGGACGCCCGUGGUGCCUGCGCCGGAGCUGCCCCGCGACGGCGAGCGCCCCCUGCACCCCGCGCCAGCCUGGGAGGUCUUCAAGGUCUGCCCCGCCGCCUGCGACGCCUACGUGCCGCAUCCGGCGACGCUGCGGAGGCCGCCGGCGACGCGCCUGCAGCAGGCGGGCGUCCGGCCGGAAGUGACGUACGCCGAGCUGCGCCUUCCGCCGCUUCAGGCUUGCCCGCCGAUGCGCCGCUACUACCGCCACGAGCCCGUCGUGUACGCACAGAUCGCGCACGCGCCUCCACCGGCGGCGACUUCCGUGGCGACCGUGACGUCAGAGGCGGGAAGCGCAUGCGCGCUGAGGGCAGCGUCGCCGCAGCAGCUGGAGGUGCUGCAGCAGCAGCAGCAGCAGCAGCAACAACAACCGCAAGAGUCGCGCGAGGUGGUGACCGUCAGGACGCCCCUGAUGGUCGGCCAGCAAGAGAGCUGCGUCUAGUUGCGCAUGCGCACAGUACCUGCAGCCACCCCUCCACUCCUGGACAGUAGGGAUGGCGCCCGAACGAACAUGCUACAAACCUACAAUGAGCUUCUACGUGAGAGUCUGCAAGGAACUCUGACCCGCAAUCAACUCUUCAUUAUCGACGCAAUAGAUUUUAAAUAGUCACCACACCCAGAGGCAUAGAAUUGCUGCCUAGGAAGAACAAAGUUUGUACUGCAAUAGGCUAACACCUUCAGGACCCCCACUGCAUUGGCAAAGCAUCUCAACGGAUGGCAACUCAAUGGAGGCACUCGUUCGAAAAUAUCACUCCUCCAUAAAGUGUACAUAGGUAUAUCAUGCGCAGAAGUCGACUUCAUCGAGUGUCAGACAAUAUAUACGUUUCUGUAUACAAUUCGUCUGUGUGUAACUCUGACGUGUUCUUACAAUUCUUAUGCUGAUCCGUUAUGUAAAGCCUGUUAUCUAAUCAGGAAUUUCACAUGCAGUAAAAUAUUCCUAGUUAUACAAUAUGGAAUGUACAAUAAAACAUAUCUUCAUAAUUUUCCUAAACAUCCACCUAACCUUAUUCACGUUGGGCAUCUGCAACAGUGGCGGAAACGACAACUUUUUGCACUGGACGUUGUGGAGGUUCAAAUUCAUUUAAGUGAAUUUCACUUCAACAAUCGCCAAGUUCGUCUAAUUCUACGGUCAUAUCAUUAUUGAAGUCUUAUCUGUCUUGCCUCUUCU